CCUCGCUCCAGUUCUCCCCGCCCACCCUACUGAAAGUGCCUCCUGAUUGGCUUCGAGGCCGCAGUGCUCAGGUUACAUUCGCAAGAGUUGCUGAGCGCGGGAGACCGGACCCAAGAGGAGAGAGGUUGAUUUUGUCUGGGUUCUGGUCUGGUCGGGUAGUGCCUGUCAGCCCCUGAGCUGCCACCCGAUACCGUACAGACCCCCUCGUCCUGCGCCAGGCUCCACCCCAGACAAGGACCCUCAUCACCGGCAUGGACUGCUGCACGGAGAGCGCCUGCUCCAAGCCAGACGACGAUAUUCUAGACAUCCCGCUGGAUGAUCCGGGAGCUAACGCCGCUGCAGCCAAAAUCCAGGCGAGUUUCCGAGGCCACAUGGCAAGGAAGAAGAUAAAGAGCGGAGAGUGCGGCCGGAAGGGACCGGGCCCCGGGGGACCGGGCGGAGCUGGGGGCGCCCGGGGAGGCGCGGGCGGCGGCCCCAGCGGAGACUAGGCCAGUUCCAGAGGAGAGAUGGAUGCCGCGUCCCCUUCGCAGUGACAAGACUUCCCUACUGUGUUUGUGAUCCUCUCCUUCUCACCAACCAGCCAGCUUCAGGAGCCCUCCCCACCACCUCGCCCCGCCGCGUCCUAGAGACUCCCUCUCCAGGCUGGCUUCGUCGCGACGUCGCCAAGUCCGUACCCUUUUAGUUAGCUCUCCAGUCUAACGUGGCCCCCUUUCACCUUUUCUUCCCACCCUCAUCCCAAACCCCAUAUUCGCAAAAUUGUCCUUUUGCUUCACACCCACCUGUCCCUGCGCCCAGCAUGCAGCUCUGCCUCCGCAGCCUCGGUGCGCUUCGCUGCGCGUACUGCAGAGGGCGCCCAAAGCGUCGCCCAAGUACUCUCAAAAAAGAAAAAGAAAAGCAACCAUCACAAGUCCUUUCGUUCUGUGGGCAACGAAAGGGGGCGCCCCGAGUUUUUGUACCGUCACCCCAGCCUAGCCUCAACCCCUUAAACCUGGGGCUAGGAAAGAGGGGAAGAGGGUGUUCAUGGUGUCUGAUAAUGCCCCUUGCUCUGAUGGGAAGAAAAGUCCAAUCCCACACCUGCCGGUCACCCACUUUUCCUUCCUAGCGCACCCGAGAGCAGCCCCUCCCGCUCUCCUUUGUUUAUGCAAAAGCCUCCGUGCGCCGGGAGGCUCGGUAGGAGGAGUCUUCCGCGGCCCUGCCCCCAGAUAGCCCCUCCCCCGUUGGGCUCCUGGGGUUGUGGCUGGAAGGUUUUUAAUCUCUGCGUGUGCAUGUUACCAUUCUGGGUUGGAAUGUGAACAAUAAAGAGGAAUGUUCAAGUG